AAAUGAUUAGUUACGAUUAAUUACUUACUAUCUGUAAUAGAGGUAACCAUAAAAUAAGGUUAUAUAACCAUUAAUAACAAUUUGAAUAAUAAACCUUUUUCAAGGUCUUCUUUUUAAUAGCACAGUAUUAAAACCAGGUUUAUUGUAAAUGUUGCACCAAAUUCUUCUGCUAGUAUGUAAAUCUGUGUAAUGCAAUUUUACUUUCAGUCACGUUUCUGGUGUAAGUCUGAUCGGGGUUCCAGUAGAGAUUUACUCAUAUGGGACUCAAUAUAUAGUAAUGUGUAUCAGCUUCGGUAUCAUGUACUUCAUAGUGGUAAACAGCUUCCUGCCGGUGUUCUUCGACCUCCAGCUGAAUUCGCUGUACGAGUAUUUAGAACUUCGGUUCAGUAAAGGAACGAGGACUUUAGCUUCGUUAAUAUUUGCGUUGUCCUUGGUGAUAUUCAUCCCUGUUGUAAUCUACAUCCCGGCGCUGGCUUUUAAUCAAGUGACUGGGGUCUCAAUAUAUGUAAUCACGCCCAUCGUCUGCCUCAUCUGUGUUACCUACACUUCUUUUGGUGGCCUGAAGGCGGUAGUAUGGACAGACACGUUGCAAAGUAUAUUUACUAUGUCAACCAUUAUCUUCAUUCUGGUUCUGGGACUUCUGAAGAUUGGUGGCAUAUCAGAGAUGAUCAGGAUCAAUGAAGAAAGUCACAGGUUGGAGCUAUUCAAGUAAGCAGGCGCACAAAUUGUAUAACACCUUCAAAGA